AUGCCUUCCUUCAACCUCUCAAAACUCCUUUGUUGUUGCAAGAUCCCAAAACGCCGUAAGCAGAAUUCGGAAUUUACAGCAAACGAUGUAGCUCUCCAGCCAAUUCCUGUUCUGGCUCCUCCUGCUGAGGAAGAACACCAAGAAACCAGUGAGAAGAACCGACAGUCCAUCAUAGGCUUGCCAAACACGGCUUGGGCAAUACCAGUACGGAAUAGUUCUUUCGAGAGCGGCUCUGUCAUACGUCAGCAUAUGGAUGACGACGAUUCAGAUUCAGAUCAAGAUCGAGCGCAGCCAACAAAAAAGUCCAGCACUGCGUUUGAUAGUGUACGCAACAAGCUCAUUCGCACCAUCUCACAUAGUAACAAUGGAGACCAUCCAUCCCAUGUUUCUGUUGGGAACAGUGAAGAGGAGAUUGCACGCAGAGCCGAAUUGAAGCGCAUCAUGCAUCAAAGGAUUCAGGAUGAACUAAAGUCGGACGAGUCGGAUGAUCAGAUUGAGAGUAAGCCGGCGAACAGUAUUCAGUAUAUGGUUUCAGUCGUUGAUUUGACAUUGCCUAAUUCUGGACCCCGAGAUGCUAUUGAAUUCGGCGUUAGCAAGUCUUUUUCUCGCAAUGGACAUUCUACUCCAUUCGACUUGGAUCAAGUCGAUCAGGACACGCACCAAGACAGUCGAGUUCCUCAACAAGGUGAAAAUAGACCACAAGAGACAUUUUCACAGACAUCAGAGUCAAUUAACGGCGCUGAUGAUUGGAGACAAGAUGACGUGCAUCCAAGACUCUCCCCUUCUUACCCCAAGAGGCACGUUUCAGCGAGUGAAGACGGCAACUUCACACAUUCUCAGAAAUCUUUCCAGCUGUCAAACGGCACUGGACGUCUCGACCGUAUUCUGGGACCAGAUAGCAGCUUCAACAGCCGUCAUGCUUCUUCAGGAGACGGGCAUUCUGCUCUUGGCGUAUGGCUCAUAGCCCAGGGUCUCCGCUCAAGAGACAACUCAACUCUUUUCCUUGACGAAGAAGAUGAACUUGAACCAACUGAAGACACCAAGCUAACUGAUUACAACACUUCUUCACUAACACGGGCGGAGGGGGAUCAUGUCCAAGAGACUCGAGAGACACCAGCAAAUGGAAAUCCUAAUAUGCCCCAUGAACCAACCAUUAUUGACAUACCCAACACGGUGGAAACAUACUCUCGGUCCAAUUUCAAGGCAAAGAAUGAUCGCUACGAAAUAUCAAGCCUAUCUGGAGAGUUGCCAUGGGGCCCGACUGUAACAGCGCUUCUCAAUUCAUUUACCGACAACACGUCUCCAAGUGACCCAUCAAAGUUACGUCCUAGUCCAAGGCAAUCUCAGCAGAAUCUUUAUAAACUUGGCCCCAAGGACCUGGAUAGCAUGGAGUUAUCUCCAUUCAAAUGGCGAAGCUAUACUUCUUCCCAAGACCAGGAAAAUACAAAUGACCAGAACUCCAAGAGUGUGAAUAUCGGCGUGCCCCAGAUAAAGUCCCAGUCUUAUGAAAACUUUAACAACGUUAAAUUUCCAGUGAAGCCUCCACAAGACACGACCUCCUUGGCUCAAUCAGAAUCUGCCAGCUUCCUGCAACGUGAGGCUGAGCUCCGGUCCAUUAGGCGACGUUUCAGUGAAGCAUUAGCACUGAAGAAAUCAGAGAAAAGAGUGGUAACCCGUUUCCGUGAGGAGUUUUCCGAAUCUUCGCUGCCACCAACUGUCCAUAAAUCCUUCAGAAGCAAGAUCCAGCUGGCAAUUCCGAGCCACCUGAGGGCGAAAUCUGAUGGCAUUGACGUCCGAAAAAAAGAUGGCUCUUCUGGGCCACCCAAAGGGCAAAAUUACCUGCUCAUCCCUAUGGAAAGAUUAGGAGGGCACGAAAGAGAAGCGAGUGACAGGUCAAAGGGUCGUUCGAACUUGAGCAUUCGACCUCACAUGAGUCAGCUGCCUACCGAGGAGUAUCAGAAGCCAGGAUUAGAGCACCGAGAGAGCGCAACAGACCUGUGGCAACGGGCCAUCAGACUUGAAGCUGAGAGAAGGCACAGUAGUAGUAUCCAUUUAAGCACAGCAAAGCCGAGCCAGAGAAGUCAGUCCUCCAACAGAUCACUGAAUCAGCCCGGAGCAUCUAGAAAUAGCACCAAAAGUGUCUCAGAUACGGGACGAGAGGCCUCUCAACUAACUCCCACAACGGAUGAGCUGUCCUCGCCAGGGAACUCAAAGUGGCUGAUUGAGCGCUGGGUUGCCACAAUGCGACCUAGGAUAGGGGAAUCAGCUGGAGACGUGAGGUCAACACGACUCACAGAGCCUCCAAAGUCUUGGUCCAGAUUCCCGUCCCACAAUAGAGAGGAGAGGAAUAAGAACGCGACAGAUAGAGACCGGGUGCAUCCUAGAGAUUUUGCGGUCAAGCAUAUGAUGUCUGAAGGUCAGAUUAGAUGGGCCACAGAUGCGCCCCUUGAUGAGGCAGAGCAGCGUGCACGUACUCUGCCACGGUCUUUUUCAACCAAAUUUGGUAACCUGGUCAAGUCAAAGAUGGGACGGAUUAUCCCAUCAAAAGGUAUUAGACAUCGUGUCAGUCAAGAUCAUUUCAGAAGACAUGCUGCCUUAAGUUCAGCUUGUAUGGAAUAUCCCGAAAUGGGGAUUCGCCCUUCCGAAUCUGGAUAUAACGAGCUUCAAGCGCUGGGGAGAGAGAUCAGCAACAUGAAGGGGGAGCUUCACCUACACGUCCCGAGCAGGGAGCUAUCGAAGCCACAGUCUUCCAGAAGCUUGGGUGAUAGAGUAGUUGCUUUAAUGCACGAAGCGAUUGGUCAACGGCAUUCGAAACACGACGAAGUUGCCGAAGUCGCCGAGUACCCAACAGUCCCGCUUACACCAAGCGUGGUCAGAGAGAGUAUUGCUGCAACAGAUGUAUUCGUUACGCCGAGGAGUCGAUUUUCGAAUGAUGCCAUGGACGGAGAAACAAGAACUAGCACAGAAGCAGAAUCCAGCAAGGUGAAAGACCAGAACACACCGCUAACGGGACCCGAGAGCAUCAGGGACACUCCCCUGAGCAAUUCCUCAACCAAUAUCAAAGACGUGGAGCCUCAUACUCAACUUCACACCCCCGAAAAGGGCUCGACUUAA